AAAAUCUUUCAAUUUAUUUCUCAGAUUCGGGACUUAGAACGUCCGGAUCUUUUGAGAGAUAUGUCAUUACGGGCAAAUUUUUUAAACAAAUAUAAUUAAUUUUCUCAUGGUAAGACGUGGGUUUGUGCUCAUUGGUCGAUUUUAAUUCGAGUUUGCACUGAGAAAUUUUUUUGUGUUUAUGUCUUCAAAAUGUAAUAGAAGGUAGAAACCAGGUAAAUUUCCGAUUCGAAUUCGGUCACGUGGUCUGUACCAAACAGAAGAAAAAAAAUGAAACAGACUUCAUUUUGAAACAAUGAGGGCAAGCAUGAUUAAACAAGCUUUUCAAGCAGCGCCACAGUACACCGCAAUAUCUAGUCAAUCUGAUGUUCAAGCUGGCCAUCUAAACAUGUCCUCUCUAUUCUUAUUGCAAAAUGAGAAAGAGAAUCAGUUGAGUUUUUCUAGAAGGAGGAGAAAUAUCGCACGUGUUAGACAAAGAGAUGUGGAAAGACAAGCUUAUGAAAAUCUUCGGGAUGUAGUUCCAACGCUAAACACAACAAAAAAACCCACCAGAGUUGAUAUUUUAAAACACACAUGCGAUUAUAUAAAUACACUGAAGAAUUUGUUGUCAGACUUAAAAGAAGAAAAAAAUCUACAAGAAACGAAUGAGAAUCAUCAAAAUACAGGUUACAUUGAGGAUAAAGAAUAAAAAUACUGGGAUAGUUUACAGCUCCUUAUAUUUGAUUUUAGAUGUAAUUUAUAUAUUUUUAAAAUAUUUUGCCUAAUAAGAAAUAAGUCAAGAAAAAAAUUGCA